AUGGCGUGCUCUGUACAACGCUUCUCCAGCCAUGCUCGGUUUUCUCGAGUAAGCUUACCUGCCAGAACUGCAACUCAACAAGGACCAGGGUCCCUAUCAAGAUUUGCCACCUUCACUCUUUCUCGUGCCCUUAGCACCGCAACUUCAGCAAAUGAGACUCGGACCCAGAAGCUCGAGCGCAUUGCAGACGAGCUUCUCGACCUUACAAAGAUCGAGAGGCACGACUACUCCAUCCUCUUCAGGCUGAAAAUGGGCCUCAAUCGUUACGGCCCGGCAGUCCCGGGGAUUGGCUCGGCAUCUUCAGAAUCUGGGCCUGCCUCCGCAGACUCCAAGGUCGUUGAGAAGACUGCAUUUGAUAUAAAGAUUGAGAAGUUCGACGCAGCGGCAAAGAUCAAAAUCAUAAAGGAGGUUAGGACUUUCACUGACCUGGGACUGAAGGAGGCUAAAGAAUUGGUGGAGAAGGCCCCUGUUGUGGUGAAGAAAGGCGUGACCAAAGAGGAGGCGGGGCCCAUUGUUGACAAGCUUAAGGAAUUGAGUGCUACUGUGGUAUUGGAAUGA